GAACAAAAAAAUAAAAAAGAAACCCUAGUUCUUCUCUCAGCCCUCUCAGCCGCUUCCGUUCACAGACCCCGCUUUGUUUCUUCUCUGUUGAAACCCUAACGCAACUCUUGACUCACAGAGUUUCAGCCAUGGCGACUGCAACAGCACCGCGUCAGCUCUCGCAGAAGGAGGCCGACAUCCAGAUGAUGUUGGCGGCCGAGGUUCAUCUAGGAACCAAGAACUGUGACUUCCAAAUGGAGCGAUACGUUUUCAAGCGCCGGAACGACGGAAUUUACAUUAUUAAUCUUGGUAAGACAUGGGAGAAACUCCAAUUGGCUGCCAGAGUAAUUGUGGCUAUUGAGAAUCCUCAAGAUAUCAUUGUCCAGUCUGCUAGGCCUUAUGGUCAGAGAGCCGUUUUGAAGUUUGCUCAAUACACUGGUGCUCAUGCAAUUGCUGGAAGGCACACCCCGGGAACAUUCACCAACCAGCUUCAGACCUCAUUCAACGAACCACGACUUCUGAUACUUACUGAUCCUAGAACUGAUCAUCAGCCCAUCAAGGAAGGUGCACUUGGAAACAUUCCUACAAUAGCCUUUUGUGACACUGAUUCACCAAUGCGGUAUGUUGAUAUUGGGAUUCCAGCUAAUAACAAGGGGAAACACAGUAUAGGAUGUCUAUUUUGGCUUCUGGCAAGGAUGGUUCUACAGAUGCGUGGAACAAUUCGUGCGGGGCAUAAGUGGGACGUGAUGGUGGAUUUGUUUUUCUAUCGGGAGCCUGAGGAAGCUAAGGAGCAAGAAGAAGAAGAGGCUGUUGCCCCAGAUUAUGGCAUUGCAGAUUUUGGAGCUGCUCCGCUUGUUGCUUCAGAUCAAUGGGCUGGACAGAUUUCUGAUGCUCAGUGGGGUGCUCCUGAUGUGGUUCCAGCUGCUGCUGCUCCACCCGUUUCAAAUGUCGAGUGGUCCCAAGAGCCAGUUGCUACAGGAGCAGCAGACGGCUGGGAUGCUGCAGUCCCACCGCCCGCACCAGCAGUUGAAGGUGGUGCACCUCCGGCUUCCGGUUGGUUCUGAGGGAAGGUUCCCAUUGAGUUGAUUAAUCAUUUUAUGAGUUUUCUUGUUUUAGUAGGGGGCGUACCACCUUUUUUGGCUACAAAAUUGACUUAUAUUUUCUUUCCUAUUCCAGUUUCGGAUUAUGAGAUUGAAAUUUUGACUUCAACACUGGUGUCUUGGUACAAUUUUGUUUUGGGAUAUAUGAGAAAUUAUUUGCCCAAAAGGUAUAGUAGACGUCCAUAUAAAACGUA